GAAAGUUUUUGGGUUUGGGAACAUUGAAAUUUUCUUGAAGUUGAAUACCUAUACUUAGUACCUACCUGUCUGCUUAAUCUUCAAUGCCAAUGUCAAUGUCAAUGCGCAAUUGAAGAAUACCAUAUUGUAUCCCAUUCUCAACCUCUUGCCGUCCUAUGCCACCAAGCGAUCGCCAUGACAAUUUCUUGUACAUCAAAUGGCUACCUCUACGCGACGAGUUGAACCGCAUCAGCGCCCGCAGAAACAUUACCAGCAGCGUAUGAGCCAACCUCCGCGACGCGCCCUCCUUCAUCAAGAUAAACACAAUAACCACAAUAACUCAGCUGCUGCAAGUCUUGACGCCGGUAGCGUGGCUGUUAAACAUGCCCAUGCUAUGGCGACACACAUCAAGACGCGAAAUUCACAGAGUAUCUUACAACAGCCUAGUCCACCUCGAAUGAAGCGUCCAUUCGACCCCAUUGCGAACAACUGCGAUCCUCAUAAGUCUAAGAGAACCCGAAUAACAGUCGAGAUUCUAGCCAGACCCAUCCAACACACUAGUCCUCCAAAGACCAUCACUGUGAGGCCCCAACCACAACAACAAUCCCCUAACCUCACUGCUACUACUACUGCUACCAACCAACCGAUCGCAACCGCUGUCGCAACGACUCAUAAAUCGUCUCCUCCCGUUCUACAACCAGAUUCCAAGACGGCGACAUCAAUAGAACCUCCUUUGAAAAAACACAAGGCGAAGGCUAUCAAUGGAAUUAGACAUGAAUUGGACAGGCUGCAACCAAGCGCAGCUGACACGAGUUCGGCGAGAGAACGGCCCGGUCGCAAAUUGAGAUCACAAGAGGCGACUAGAUUCAAGAGUGAAUUGUCGGCAUAUUUCCCCGAUUAUGACGAAGUAAUCGGCAAUGAUCCUAAAGAACAACAUAUCCUCAACCUUGAUACCCCAAUUAUCGUCGUCGAUACCCGUCCCCUCUCCGAUACUCGUCAAUCACAAGCCCCUAUCCCUUCUCCACAUUCAGCGCUAGAUUCCUGUGUUCCACCCCACUACGAUACAGUGCGAACGUACGGAGAUCAUCUGUUCGACGACCUACACGAUUCUCAAAGAGUUAGCUUCGCUUUUCUCCAGACAAGAGACAACGACAAAGAUGUCGAAGAUCCUCUGCCAGAUACCUAUUUCGAACCAGCACAUAAGAAAGCCGAAAGACUAGAGAAGUCUAUUCGCAACACCGAGAAAGGUCGUGCGCAACAUGAGAAAGAUCAGAUUAUCCGACUGCUCAACGAGCUACAAGGUCACGAUUGGCUGAGGACGAUGGGCGUCAGUGGCGUUACCGAAAGCCGGAAGAAGACCUUCGAACCUGCUCGAGACCAUUUUAUCAAGGGCUGUCAGGUGAUAUUGGAGAAGUUCAGGAUAUGGAGUCAGGAAGAGAAAAAGAGAAAGCUUAAGAAGGAACGGGCCUUAGCAGAAGAGGCUGAGAACGAAGAAGAGGCUGAUGAAGAUGACGAGGUCCAGUCAGACGAAGCAGAGGAACCCGAUGAGGACAUAGCGAUAGCUGAUGUCGAUGAAGCAGAAGAUGACGUUUCUGAUAACGUUAGCGAUGGCGACCCCCCUGAUUAUAGCGACGUUGAUGCAUCUGCGAAGCAGCUCCUUGAUGAAGCAUUGGCACGCGCAAAGUAUACGGCCUCUAACUCGAAGAGAUCUCGAGGUGAACCGCCUCCGACAUCAACGGAGCCUCGUGUGGUGAAAGAGUUCACUUCCUUCUUUAACAAGAAACAUCUGCGCGACGCAGCCCUCAGCAAAGGUCGACGAAGAGGUAGAACCGUCGUGGCCUGGGGUCAUCCCGUCCCAGAUAUGAUGGAAGACGACUUUGAAUUGCCAGAGGAAUAUCGAGAUAUGGAGACUCUGAAGGCCCAUGAGAGACAGAAGAGGCGAGAGAGACGUCAACGUCAACACUGACUUAGCGUCUCAAGGUAUAGCCUCAGGAGUAUGUAUGAAGCUUCUCCAGGGCUGUCAAUCGUCCUUAUCUUCGGGCCAAUGAUAGUGCUUGCAUGGUCAUAUAUACGCAUUUGCUAGGCACAUUAAACGUGUCAUCCUCCUUGCGCAUCAUGGAAGGCACUUAGCUAAUUUGGGCGAUUGAAUUCGCCCAUUAGUCAAUGAACAGAUUCUGCUGCUUGUGGAGAUGAAAAUGUAUUACUAGGAUGCGCUAUGCUUUUGCUUCUCAUAAUAAGGCUAAUAUAAUGUGAUAUCCAUCAAUCGAGCUGCAGCGUUUUACCUGGAGUAGAUGUAUGCAUAAGUAUAGGUACCUAUAUGUGUACCCUACUAUAUUCCAUGCGAUUCGUCAAGGUGUAUGCAGGUGCUCAAGUAUAUGCGAAAAGACGGUUAUUUAUAUGCUUCUCGUCACUGACGCAAGAUAAGGCCUACGUUAGGGACCUCCGGGGCUGAAGC